AAUGGGCGGGCGGUAGGCAGCGCGCGUGCGCACUGGCCCGGGGACGGGGCGGGGCCGAGGAAGAGCGUUCUGGGGACGGGGGCUGAGGAGGCUCUUGCUGGAGGGCUUCGCAUCUGCGGCGGGGACCGUGAGAAUACUGGUGACCAUGAGAUCCCUGCAGCUGCUGAGAACCCCUUUCCUGUGCACCCUGCUGUGGGCCUUCUGUGCCCCAGGUGCCAUGGCUGAGGGGGCUGAGCCAAGCAUCUCCCAUCCCAGCAGCGCAGGCCUGGAUAAGAACGCGGUGCACGACCAAGAGCAUAUCAUGGAGCAUCUAGAAGGUGUCAUCAACAAACCAGAGGCGGAGAUGUCCCCACAAGAGCUGCAGCUCCACUAUUUCAAAAUGCAUGAUUAUGAUGGCAAUAAUCUGCUCGACGGUUUGGAACUCUCCACGGCCAUCACGCAUGUCCAUAAGGAGGAGGGGAGCGAACAGGCACCACUAAUGAGUGAAGAGGAACUGAUUAGCAUAAUAGACGGCGUCUUGAGAGAUGAUGACAAGAACAAUGAUGGCUACAUUGACUAUGCUGAAUUUGCAAAGUCACUGCAGUAAACCUUAUUUGACCAUCUCAUAGUUCUAUGCGAAUGUGACCCAUGAUAAUGUGAUUGAACACUUUUGGUAAUGCAAAAUAACUCAUUUCCACUUACUGCUGCAGCAUUUGGUAAAAACCUGUAGCAAUUUGUUACACUGGGGUGAGAAAGAAGUCAAAAGAAAUAGAAGAGAAAUGGGACAUCUUGUAUUCCCAAGUUCUUUUAAAGCUCUUAUUGGACAGGGCUUGCUUAAAGUGUCUUUUUAAGAAUAUUGAAUAAUUGGAGCUGAGCACUCAGGAACUUGACUGUAGUAAAAUACUGCUAGUUUCGUAAUUUUAAUUCAUGCUACCUGAAAAGUAAGAAAACAAGCUUUGCCAAGUGGACACACUUUUCAGUUAACAGUGAAGGAAUGGAAGGAAUGCCAAAUGUUUUCUGUGUGGGGUCCUGUCUCUUCAGGUGAACACGGUCAGUAUUCCGUAAACUUUCCCUGGUCUAAAUGAUUACUUGCUGUGGGCAAGUGGAUAUUUAUUAGGCUAUUUCAAAGCCACAACAUAAGAAGAAAGUCAAAUAUUGAGUUCAGUUGGCCACAGAGUCUAAGAUUCUGUAUCCUCUGGCAUUUUGGAAAUGAUCUACCACUGGCCUAAGUGAUUAACCUUUUUCAGAUUUUUCAAUGUUUUAUACUACUACUGCCACGUGCUUAUACUUUGUUUCUUUUCUGUCUUCAUUCUGGGAGAGACCUUGAAUUUAAACAUGUUCUCUAACCAAUAGAAAAUGUUUUAGCUUUCUUGAUGUUUCUAUUUCACUCUUCUUUCUAGAGUUUUGUUUUGCAGUUUAGGAACUGUUAGGCGGGUGAGGACUUCAUAUAGCAGGGGCAAAACUACUAGCUGGUCUAGCCCAGGUGGGAAGUGACAAGAUCGUUCACCAAACCCAGUGAUUGGCUUGAUGUAAGUUCUGUUUAGAAGGAAUAUUGUUUAAAUUAUCUCUUCUAAAUUGAAUACAUGGAUUCUUUUCAAAUCAAGAAAGAUUUUUAGAAAAGAAAGCCCAACAACUCUUUUCACAGUAUGACUCUCAAUAGUAUUUGAAAAUGAGAAGCAGCAGCAGAGUAUAAUUUGGUUUAUUGGACGUGAUGGACAUGCAUUAAUGGAAAACCUGAAAUGGUGGUUGGAUGGGAAAAAGAAACUGCAUAAAAUUUGCUGUAAGACGUAUAGAGACUUAUUUUCUUUAUUAAAGUAUUCUUAUAAGAAAACAUAUGUAUUUGUAAAAAUGGUUUCCUGUGUUAAGUAUUUGUGCAAUCAGAGCUGACUUGUAAACUAUUCUUAUAGUAUUUCAUUAUUUUGAAAGAUUUAUAUAAUGAAUUCUGGAAAUAUGACUGAUAAAUAAAACUGAUGAA